UAAAAGUAGGUCAAGGUCGAGGGGUAGAGCUCGUUCCAAACGCUCUUUAAGCAAGGAAUAUGACGACCUACGUCGACACCGGAAAAUAUCUAGGCUUGAGAGAGAGAAAGAGAAGGCGCACAGGUCGCGGUCUCGGUCAAGUUCUAGAAAAAGCAAAGGUUCCUCGAAUGCGAUUAGGAAAAUAAAAACACAUGGCGGGAGAUCUCGUUAUCGCGCUCGUCGUUCUCCGAGUGAGACGAGUGUGCGUAGGGAUCGGAUAGAAAGGGACAGACGAAGCCAUGAUGGUGGGAGUCGCAGCCCGAGUGUUGCGAUCUCGCUUUAUAGUCGGGGCCGUACGUCGCGUACUACGGCGCGCGAUUCGAGGUCUCGUUCUGUAAGCCAUUGCUUAGAUACAGAGAAUAUUAUCACGGACACAGGUCCGGCUCAGGGAAAAAAUGGAGUUUUGAUAGAAGAUGACUCUCCGGUCUUAGUUUUAUCUGAGGAUACUCUACUAUCCGAGGAGACAAGAAACAUGCUGGGCCCGGACCCUAGCAGUGUUAAAAAGUCUAGUUUUAAAUUGCACCCGGCCGUUGAGGCAAUAUGGUCACAUAUUUUGCCUUUUGGCCUAUCCAAAGAAGAAACCGACGAGUUUCUUAAAAAAUAUGAAAUGCCGGAAAAUUGUAAGCUUUUAUUGCCUCCCAAAAUAAAUCCGGAGAUUGAAGCCGGCAUGAAUUCUUUAUACGCUGUUAGAGACCAGACUCAUACUGGGUACCAAGCUUUACUUAGCCAAUCUCUUUACGCGUUAGGUCUAGCUUUAAACGCCCUUUUGGGGGACAAUUUAAAAAUGCCGAAAGAGUCAAAAGAAAAAGUUUUGGUUCCAGUGGCGGACGCUGGUCGCAUUUUGUGUAACCUUUUUAACUCAAUAUCCAAUAAAAGGCGUCAAUUAAUUACUCCUAUGAUGAAUAAACAAAUAAAAAAGUUGGUAGACAAAAUACCACCUGGAGAAUUUUUAUUUGAAACCAAUUUAGGGGAAAAAAUUCAGGCUUUAAGGGCCAUGGAAAAAGUUGGCAAGGAAAUACGACCAGUACCCGUCACGCGGUUUACCCCUCGUGCACAGCCCUUUAUCCCCGUAACUUCAGAAAAGAGAAGUGGGGGGGGAGGAAAUAAACCUUCCACGAGUGCACAGGGAAACAGGGGACGCCCGUUCCAUUACAGAAGGGAAAUGAGAACACAGAAAGGGCGACCUUCGACAUACAAAGCAGCUCCUCAAAAGAGGCGCUAGAGGUAGCCUGAAAUUAUCGCCACGAGUCAACCAGCAUGACGAAAUUACCAGGUUCUCCCCAUCUCCCGUCAAUACCCAUAUGCACCCCAACUUCCUUUACGGAAAAAUAUUGCCGGAUGGCCGGCCGAACUAUCUUAUCGAUUACGGGUUUAAUUUCCAAAAUUACGGCCCCUUAGGAACCAAUCAGAGCAAAUGCUGCGUCACGAGUCCAUUCGCAAACGACUUAAAUUUUGGCCAUUUGUAUACUAUUAGUAAGGCGGAAAAGGAUGAACGAACAUAUGACGAACCAUACACGGGCGAUAUCCCGAGAAAAUCGUGGCUCUGUUGCCCGGGCUCUCAAGCCAGAGUGGAAUGCGACCCACCCGCUUUGCUCGGAGAAGUAAAAACCCCCACUACCCCUUUGGAAACAAUCACAAAACCCCCUGGUCAUUCACCUGUUUGUGAUGGGGCAUGUGAAAGGCUGCAAAUCCAACUUGAUGAGCAAGCCCAAAGGUAUGAAGAACAAUUGACCGAGUUGCAUUCUGUGAUAGCUGAAUUGACGCGAAAACUGCAUCAGCAAAGAACGAUGGCAAUAACAGAGGAAGAUGAAGUAUCAGAAUCCUGUACGAGUGCCCACGAAGACUCGAUCACGUGCCCUUUAGAAGUAAGCGAACUCGAACCACUGGAACAUGACCUCUCAGAUCUCGAAAUCAAAAUCCCGCUGCCAGAUAGUCCCUUAGAACUUCCGGAGCCCAAACUAACUUCUUCGAACCUAGGCAACUCGGAUCCCUCCCCGGGCUCCGAAAUUAUAGAGCCGCUGAAACAAGAAAUUAUUUCUCUAAAGCAGCAGCUGCAUGAGGCGCACACACGACUGGCCCAUAUGACCCUAAAUCGUGCGGAAGAGAAUAACGGCGCUGAUGAAGAGACCAUCACAAGUUGUCGGCAAGACGUUCCACUUUUAAAAAGAAACGAUGGCAAUAUUAAUAGUUUAUAUAAUAUCGAACGUUUAGGUAAAUUGGAUGGGUGUAAGACGUUGGAAUCGCCCGAAAGUCAUAUAGAAGUAGACUGUGAACCGAGGUCUUGUCAAGAGGAUAUUAAGUUCAGUAAUAUUGUACCGAUACAUAAGGCGAAGGCUGUGAAUAAUGAUGGGCUUAACAUUCCUGUUACGAAAAUUGCGGAAAGAAUAAAACUGAAACGCUCCUCUGAUCGAGAGAUCAGCCCCAACGACCUCAUAAACACCGAGUUGUCCACUGCAGUGGCCGAACACAUAGUUGGAGAUAUUUUGCGUCAAUGCGACGCUCAUACUGAGAAACAGUCACUGGAUUUUGAGAUCCGAAAAGUCAACGCCAAACUGGAACAUGCUCGGUCACAAAAUACGGUUUUAGCCUUGACUCUUAACGAGACAAAGGCGCAUUGUGAUAGAUUAGCGCUGCUUUGUGGUAAAUACGAAUCCAAUGCCAUAGCACUUAGACUCGCUCUAGGAAUAACAGAUAGGACAAUAGAAUCUUACGAUGUCCUUUUAGCACUGCUAGAAACUGAGCUGUCCAUAAAUGAAGAAAACCCUGUUUCGGUCCAGAAUCGUACGGCAGCUGAAACGGUUGCCAAACAGCUAUUAAGCCACUUAGAUAGUCAUCAGAAUUCCGAUGUGUUACUUUCACCUUGGCAGAAUCAUGUUUACAGUAGUCCUAUAGAAAUAAGUGAAUCCUGGACAACAGACCACGAAUUAAGGCUACGCGAACACGUAUCCAGGUUAAAAGCGGAACGAAGCAAUAUUCAGGGCACCUACGUCACUUUAGAGUCAACUCAGGUGGAAAACGCUCCAGUUAGACCCUCGAGCUGCCAAGAGGCCCGAAAAAUGGACCUUGAAAUGGCUGUUUUAAUGCAGGAACUUAUGGGCCUGCGAGAAGACAAAGUGGAACUCUUAUCGAAACUGUUUGUGCUAGAGAAAGAUAAAAACGCCCUGGAAAUUAAACUUAAAUACGUUGAGGGCCAACAGAAAGCACAGUCAGCUACUUUAAAAAAUCUUCAGGGGCAACUUAAAGAUACGGAGGGUUUGCUGGCAAUUGCGACGCAAAACAAAGACAGAGGAUAUUGUGAUGCAGAACACGCGCAAGGCGUAGAAUUAGAACUAAUGCAAGCGUUAGCUAGAGAGGCAAGACUGAAAGUUAGGUUACAGGAACUGGUGACUACGCUGGAACAAGUAACUAAAAACGCCGAGGCGAGACUUCUCGAGGGCAGGGAAAUUGUUCAAGAUCUGAACCAAACUAAUAGUAUGUUAGCAGAUACAGUGGAUCGAAAUAACAAAAAAUAUCAGGCCAAAUUUAAGAAAAUGGAGCAUCAAAUGCACAAUAUGGUAGAAAAACACACUGCACAAGUUCAAACGUUACAACAAAAAAUAGCAACCCUAGAGACACCACUGACAAAUAGCUCGGAAAAUUCGUUAAAUUCAAUUCCAUCGUGAACCAUAUCCAGUUUUAUUGAAUUUUUUUGUUUUGUUUAUUUUCAGGUUGCUUUAUUAGAAAAAAUGUCACUUUUUUUUAAAUAUGUACGUACUGUGCAAUAAUAGGAUAAUUUUAUACCUAAUGUGUAAAAAUUUUUAUUAAUUUCCAAAUUUUUAAAUAAUCGUUUUAAAGUUAGGUAUACAGCUUAAGCAACACUCCAUGUAGAUAAAAAAAGCUUUAUGCAUUAUGCUAGUAUCAAUGUAAUCUUGGUACAAAAAUAUUACGUGCUGUAAGCCAUAAUGUUUCCUUUUAAAUUUAAUAAGCAAAUUUUAUAUUAUGUAUUUGAAUUAUGUGUAAUAAAUAUUUAUUUUAUUUUAUAACAUUUAAUAAAUGAAUGUUAAUCCAUAAAA